AUGUAAGAAUCCCAAUCACAAUCAGACUUUAAGCUACCUUUCAUUGAAUAUCACAGUCAACAUCGAUUGCCCAUACGCAUGAAUCCGAGUUUCAGAUUGAAACAUACAAAUCCUGUUAGAGUACAAUAUAUGAAGUAUAUGGAAAGACGAAGUGUGGAUGAAAUUAAGAAUGAAACCUAUUACUUGGAAAAGUUUGCUAAAAUUAAUAAGUAUCCAUACCAAGAAAGCAACAAAUAGUAUCAAAUUUCUAUUAAAAUUAUAAGUGAAUCCCGAAAUCGAGAUAUUCUAGCAAAAUAAUAAAAAGAAAAGAAACCGUCAAUCAAAUAUCAAAAACCUCCCCUUAAGUAUUUUAAUUUGGAUGACUCUGAUAAUAAUUUAGAAUAAAUGGAAUCCAUAUUUCACAACCUCAAACCAAAUAAAGUUUUUAUUUCAUAAUGA